AUGGGAUUCGGUGAUUUCGACUCGAUCUGCCAAAAGGCAGCGCUCCCCCUUUGCUCGUUGGUGGGCCCUGCGUCCUCGAUAUCAGGAUCCACUGGUAUCAUUCCCAAUUGCUACGCGCGGAAUAUCGAAUUGGCAAACACCAUCAUCUUUGAAGGCGCUGCGUCCUUCGUUCAUAUCAUCGCUCUAGCAAUGACAGUAAUCAUGAUUCUGCACGUCAGAUCCAAAUUCACCGCAGUUGGCCGCAAAGAGAUCAUUACAUUCUUCUACAUCUACAUGGCUUUGACUAUCUGCUCAUUAGUCAUCGAUGCCGGUGUGGUUCCCCCUCGAAGUGGUCCUUUCCCCUACUUUGUGGCUGUGCAGAAUGGCUUGUCCUCCGCAUUGUGCACCUGUCUGCUCAUCAAUGGAUUCGUCGGUUUUCAACUCUACGAAGAUGGCACUUUUCUGUCAGUCUGGCUCAUACGAGUGACAUCCGCGGUCAUGUUUGUCGUCUCAUUUGUGAUCUCGCUGUUGACUUUUAAGUCCUGGGGCGGCAUGAGCCCUACGAACACCAUCGGUUUGUUCGUGGUGCUAUACAUUCUCAAUGCGAUCAGCAUCGCGAUCUAUCUCGUCAUGCAACUCCUUUUGGUAAUGAAUACCCUUGAAGACCGCUGGCCGCUGGGGCACAUCGCUUUUGGAGUUAUAGUCUUCAUCUGUGGACAGGUGCUUUUGUACGGAUUCAGCGAUACAAUCUGUGACAACGUACAGCACUACCUGGAUGGUCUCUUCUUCGCCACGUUCUGUAACCUGCUCGCCGUCAUGAUGGUCUACAAGUUCUGGGAUUACAUCACGAAAGAAGAUCUCGAGUUCUCGGUGGGUAUUAAGCCCAAUACCUGGGAGGUCAAAGAACUUCUUCCCGAGGAGGACCGUCGAACGACCGUCUAUCAAGACUCUCACUCGGAGUAUGCCGGGAGCAUGUAUCAUCACCGGGCUUCCACUUACGCCGGUCACAAUUAUUGA